AUGGCAAAUGUCCACUUUGUCGUGCAACAGAGCAAGAGAACAAAUUACGAAGCAAUUGGUCAUUGGAAGAGGCUGUACAAGCCUUUGUUAGAGCUAGAUCAGACACUUUGGAGUUGGCGCGAAAAGGCAAUUCCCAAAACACGACAUCAAAACGAAAAGCCACAACUGAUCAUCACGACUCCUGUAAUUCACCAGAGGGCAAACGCCUACGGUCAUCCUCACGAUUACAGAAUACUCGGUCUUCGGCCCGUCAGACACCGCAAAUACAAUACGAUGAAACUGUCGAAGUCCCAGACAGCGAUGGCGAAGACGACAACGAUGACGACGAAUUCCAACCAGAGCCAGGACGGUCUGGUUGCAUGUCCCGUCUGCCAGGAUCGAAUGAAGGAUUGGCAGGUCUUUACGCAUCUAGAAUCAUGCACUGGGCCAAAGCCGAAACCGCAGCAGAUUGUGCCCAGCGUUUCCAGUCCAAUAUACAGUCAACAACGACAGCCUACAAAGGCGCCCGACCGACUUCCUACAAUCAAUUACUCUAUGUAUAAAGAAACGGCACUGCGAAAGAAGAUGGCCGAUCUUGGCAUUUCUAAUCAGGGACCCCGCGCUCUACUUGAGCGACGACACAAAGAAUGGAUGACAAUAUGGAACUCAAACUGCGACGCUGCGCAACCUAGGACGCGCCACGACUUACUACGUGAUCUAAACGUUUGGGAAAACACACUAGGAGCACGGGCUCCGACAACAGGGCGGGCUGUUCAAAACGCGGCUAUUAUCAAAGACAAAGACUUUGAUGGCGCAGCAUGGGCCGCUAAACAUGACACAUCCUUCAAAGACUUGAUCGCAAAUGCAAGAAAGACGAUGCUUGAUGCAAAGGAGAAGGCCGAGAAAGCGGCCAGAGAGACGGAGGUGGAAGAGGCUGCUAAGGCACAUUCCCAAGCACAGGAGCCAGAGGUUCCCACUCAACAGCUGACUGGGCGAAUAACUGGGCGAAUAGUCCCCAGUACAAGGGAACCACCAGGAGAAAGCUUCCAAUGA